UGAUGGACUGCUAUAGAGAUGGUUCUUAAUGGUGAGUGAGUUCUGGAACGCUGCCUGAGGUGGGCUACUGCGCAAGCCGCGCUUACAGCGGCAGGGAAUAUAUGUCCAGCACUGGGCACUUCACGCUUCCACCCGCACAGUCCACUAUGGAACGGAAAAGGGAUGACUGGCACAGGACCGAAGGAGAAAGAAGACGCCACAAGCCCCAGCAUGACGGAUGACAGUAGUGACAUUUUGUAUAUUCUGGAGAAGCCUCAGAUGCGAGGCGAAGAAGAGCGGCUUCGAACUUUUGAAAACUGGCCGAGGGACGCACCAGUGACUGCGGCCAAUCUGGCCAGAGCAGGUUUCUAUUUUCUGGGUCCCCAAGAUAAGGUCCAGUGUUUCUGCUGUGGAGGCAUCCUGAGAUACUGGGUCCAUGGGGACCGUCCUAUCGUUGAACACAAGAGGCACUUCCCCAGCUGUAAUUUCGUGCUGGGUAGAGCUGUUGGGAAUAUCCCGCUGUACUUUGUCCCCGGAUCUCCUUCGGAUUCCGUGGACGGUCAGCUGUUGAGUCAGCUCCAGAGGAUGACCGUGGACGACCAGGGGGCGACCGGGCAAGCUGUUUAUCCCGAGAUGGAGUUAGAAGAAACCCGACUCAACACCUUUCACAACUGGCCCACCGGUGCGGCAGUCCAGCCCGAUGUUCUGGCGCGGGCAGGAUUCUUUUACACAGGCCACGGGGACAAUGUGAAAUGCUUCUUCUGUGAUGGAGGGCUUAGGAACUGGGAACCUGGAGAUGACCCUUGGCAGGAGCAUGCCAAGUGGUUCCCACGAUGUGACUUCCUGGUUCAGACAAGGGGACGUGACUAUGUCAGCAAUAUCCAGGACGCCCACUUUCAUAGAGAAACUGUGAGUGGAUCGCAGACCCCCGUGUCUGGAGAAAUCAGCCCAGGAAGUGACGGUGUUGUCAGUCUGGGCGUGCCCUCGGCGGUGUUGUCUCCUGUCGUCCAGACGGUGGUCCAGAUGGGGUUUGAGGCGGGCCUGGUGGAGAGUUUGGUCCAGACCAAGUACCUGCUGACCGGGCAGCACUACACCUCCGUGUCGGACCUGGUCACCGACGUACUGGCCGCCGAGGAGGAUGAGAGGGCCAGGGAACAGCAGGGCAGAGGUCAGGAGCCAGUAGAGAGACAGGGCCCGAGUGCAGGAGGCGUCAGGACACAGACACCCAUCAGAGAAAAAGCAGUGGGAGACCCCACACCCGAGGAGCUCCUUCGACAGCUGCAGGAAGAGCGAACCUGCAAGGUGUGCAUGGACAAGCUGGUGUCCAUCGUCUUCAUCCCCUGCGGACACCUGGUGGUUUGUAGUGACUGCGCCGCCAGCCUGCGCCACUGCCCCAUCUGCAGAGCCACCAUCCGAGGCAGCGUCCGAGCAUUCAUGUCCUGAGAGACACACUCAAGCUUUGGUUCGCCUUCAACAAAUAGAGAAAGAUUAUGAAGACCCACGGGGCAGCUCACAUCGUUCUACAGGUGCUGAGAGAACGUUGUGCAAAUGUUCUAUGGAUGUUGGAUGCCUGAUGUGUCUAACCUACCCAUAGAAACCUCCACACUGCUCUGCUGUUGAUUUUGCCCUGCUCACAAUACCCUCCGAAAUGAAAAUAGCCUCCCUUUCAGCCGUCAUAGUAGUUGUUGAAGUUAGAGAUUUAUUUUUACUACAAUAAACACAUAAUGCAAUACCCUUGUCUAUUCAUAUUGUUUACAGAACCAGCCCAGGACAAGAAGUAAAUAUGUCCAACUGCACAUGAGAUGAGGCAUUUGCACAAGUAGACCAGGA